GUUGGAAGAUAAAAGAAAAACGUUUAAGAGAGAAAAUUGAAGGAAAGAUUAAAAUCAAAACAAUCCUCUCUUCGUCAACAAGACAGCUCUCAUCCUCUCUGUUCACAGCGUUUUUGUCCAUUAAAGCUUACAAUGAAGAGAGGCAGAGAACAGAUGAGCAGCAGCAGUAAUAUUGACAUGGAAAUUGACGAUCAUCGUCAAGUAUUAACGGAGAAGCAGGAGAUUGUUGUAGCACAAGUAGUGGCUAACGCUAAUCAUCAACAUGAAGCAGAAGCAGAAGCACAUCCGUAUGCAUUCCAUGUGUCUGGACCUCGGAAUGUUGCUUCUCCUAAUUGGAGAGAUCUUAUUAAUUCCAGUUGGAAGGAUGAGAACUACAAGAGAACAGUAGUAGCCUGCUUCAUUCAAGCAGUUUACCUACUCGAGUUAGACCGACAAGAAAAUCGAACCGAAGACAAUGCACUAGCUCCAAAAUGGUGGACGCGCUUCAAAUACAAACUCACUCAAACAUUAGUUGAUGAAAGAGAUGGAUCCAUCUUCGGUGCAGUAUUAGAAUGGGAUAGAUCUGCAGCUUUUGCUGAUAUGAUCCUCAUUAGACCUAGUGGAGCACCAAAAGCUGUUUUAACCCUCAGAGGAACACUACUCAAAGGCGCAACAAUGCGAAGAGAUAUCGAAGAUGAUCUCCGCUUUCUAGCUUGGGAAAGCUUGAAGGGUUCUGUUAGAUUCGAUGUAGCUCUUGACGCGUUGAAAUCCAUCGCGGAAAGCUACGGUAGCAGCAAUGUAUGCAUUGCAGGUCAUUCUUUAGGUGCAGGUUUUGCUUUACAGGUAGGUAAAGCAUUAGCUAAAGAAGGAAUAUAUGUGGAAACUCAUCUAUUUAAUCCACCUUCAAUUUCUAUAGCUAUGAGCUUAAGGAAUAUUGGCGAAAAGGCUGGAUUGGCUUGGAGGAAAGUUAGAUCAAUGCUUCCUUCGAACACCGAAGAAUCGUCAAAUACUACUAAUGAUAAUGCUGAGAACAACUCAUCAUCAAUACUAGGAUUCAGGAACUGGGUACCGAAUUUCCGCGAUAAUUCAUCAAUUGGAUCGAAAAAAUGGGUGCCGCAUCUAUAUGUGAAUAAUAGUGACUACAUUUGUUGCUAUUACACUGAUCCUGAUAGAGGUGAAGAUAAAACUGGUGAUAAUAAGGAGAAUGUGAAUGACAGAAAUGGAAAAGGUGGUGCUGCAAAGCUGUUUGUUAUGUCUAAAGGAAAGCAGAAAUUUAUGGAAGCUCAUGGGAUAGAGCAAUGGUGGUCUGAUAAUUUGCAGCUUCAAAUUGGUAAUAAUAGUAGCAAGCUCAUAACCAGGCAACUUAGAUCAUUGUAUAGCCUGCCAGCUCCAAAACCAACUCAAGGAAUGGCAUGAUUAUUGUUACUAACUUCUGCUGCUACAAUUGUCAAAAAUAAAUAUAUUGCAUUCAUUCUUUGUAAAUUAUCCGAAUAUUGGUUAAAGGGAUAAAAUAAUUUGAUAGUUUCAGCUCUAA